UCGUGGACCGGACGAAAACGCGUACAAGAAGAAGACAUUUCGCUCUUGUGCCGAUGGUUCCAAAACUCUGAAGAGCUCCAUGGCCCUGCUUUCACUCUGACAAGUUGAAGAAAUGGAACAAGGAAGAACACCCCGUAGCUUCAUUUCGAUAUUCCUACUUUUCGAUUUACUACUUCUCAGAGUCGCUGGAAACGCCGAAGUUGAUGCUUUAACUGCGCUAAGACUUAGUUUAUCUGACCCUAAGAAUGUAUUACAAAGCUGGACAUGGAAUGCCACUGACGUUACUCCAUGUUCAUGGUUUCAUGUUACUUGCAAUAAUGAGACGAAAGUUGUUCGUGUUGACUUGGGGAAUGCAAAUCUAUCUGGACAACUUGUGCCACAGCUUGGCCAGCUUCCAAAUUUGCAGUACUUGGAGCUUUUUAGCAAUAACAUUACUGGAGGAAUACCUGAGGAGCUUGGAGUCUUGAGGGAACUGGUGAGCUUGGACCUUUACAUGAAUAAACUAAGUGGCUCAAUCCCUUCAUCUCUUGGCAAUUUAAAGAAACUCAUAUAUUUGCGUCUAAAUAACAAUGCUUUAUCUGGAGAACUUCCAAGGUCCUUGACUGAUGUGUUGUCGCUUCAAGUUCUGGAUGUCUCAAACAAUCGGCUCACUGGAGAUGUUCGGCUUACUGGCUCCUUUUCUCAGUUCACUGCUGUUAGUUUUGCCAAUAAUAAUAAUUUAAGGCUGCUUCCUGCACCACCUUCAGGGAAGCGAACGGUUACAGCAAUAGGAAUCGGAGCUGCUGUAGUUAUAUUUUCUGGUGGAGCCAUCGCGCUUGCUUGGUGGCUGAGAAGUAGACCACAUGACAGCUUUUUUGAUGUAAUUGGAGAAGAAGACCCAGAGGUUCACUUAGGACAACUCAGAAGGUUUUCUUUGCGUGAACUGCUAGUUGCUACAAAUGACUUUAGUUACAAAAAUUUAUUGGGCAGAGGCGGUUUUGGUAAAGUGUAUAAAGGACGUUUAGCCGAUGGCUCGCUAGUGGCUGUGAAAAGGCUAAAAGAAGAACGUACCAAGGGUGUGGAACUUCAGUUCCAGACCGAAGUCGAGAUGAUCAGUAUGGCCGUUCAUAGGAACUUGCUUCGGCUUCGUGGAUUUUGCAUGACACCAACUGAAAGAUUGCUCGUUUAUCCCUACAUGGCUAAUGGAAGCGUUGCUUCUUGUUUAAGAGAACGUCCUAGAGGCAAUGCAGCACUUGAUUGGGCAAAAAGAAAGCAUAUUGCUCUGGGAGCAGCAAAGGGGCUUGCUUACUUACAUGAUCACUGCGACCAAAAAAUCAUUCACCGUGACGUGAAAGCUGCCAACAUAUUGUUAGAUGAACAGUUUGAAGCAGUGGUUGGAGAUUUUGGGCUUGCAAAGCUCAUGAAUUAUAACGACUCUCAUGUGACAACUGAUGUACGCGGUACAAUUGGCCAUAUAGCCCCUGAGUACCUUUCCACUGGGAAAUCUUCUGUGAAAACUGAUGUUUUUGGGUAUGGAGUGAUGCUUCUCGAGCUCAUCACGGGCCAAAAGGCUCUCGAUCUUGCUCGGCUUGCAACUGAUGAUGAUAACAUGUUACUUGACUGGGUGAAAGAGGUUUUGAAAGAGGAGAAGUUGGAAAGUCUUGUGGAUGCAGAGCUGGAAGGAAACUACGUGGAUAAAGAAGUGGAGGAGCUUAUCGAAAUGGUGCUUCUCUGCACUCAGAGUUCUUCGUUGAAACGUCCCAGCAUGGCAGAAGUUGUGAGAAUGCUGGAAGGAGAUGGUUUAGCUGAGAAAUGGGAAGAGUGGCAAAAAAAGGAGAUGUUGACAACUGAUUUUAACUAUCCCCAAGCUUACAUUAACGGGUUCGUCCCAGAAUCUAUCUCCCACAUUGAUAACGAUUACCUAUCGGGUCCAAGAUAACCUCUUUUAGAAAGGGUCAUGUGGGUUCUUCAACAAGUAUUAUGAAUAAGGAUGUUAAAAUGGGCACAACCUAACAGGUUAACUUAACCAUGUAUCAAAAAAUUUAAUCCUAAUCCUCACUUGACAUGGCUAGAAUAAGGUUCAACAUAAUUAGCUCGAGCUUUAUAUGGUUAAGUUUUUUAGCGCAUUGAUUUCCUUCACACGAAUGUUAUACAAUAUUUAAAUGUAUACUCUCUAUGUUUCAUUAUAUUUGGUGUUUAAGAUCAAUGCACGUAGAUUAAAAAAUAUAUAUAAAAUUUUAUAUAAUUUACCUGGAUUCCAUAAAAACUUCACUAAAUAUAACUAAUCCAAUCAAUAAGAAAAAAAUCCACUACUACUUUUUCUUUUGACAAAAUACAACUACUGUUUAUUGAUUAAAUUAGUUUUAUUAGGAGCUUUGCCAUGUUAACAUAACAAAAGAGGGAAACAUAUGAUGAUGAAAUCAUAAUAAAUUUUCACUGAAGAUUUUAAUUAUAUAUUUAAAUAUCAGUUUAGCAGAUUUCAAGAAGAAGUCUUCUCGAAAAAUCUAUCUAAUAUAUAGUUCACAAAUCAUAAAAUUUGGAUAUCCAAAAAUUUUUAAAAUAAUAUCAAAAUGGAGAAAAACUUCGAAAAUAUUUUUUAGACUUAAUAAGAAAAAAAACAAAAUUACAGUAAAUUUAAUAUAUGUUUUUAUUUGAAUCAAACACACAAAAAUAUACUUUAUAUUGUUUGAAACUAGAGCUUUUACAACUAAAAUAAUUACAAAACAUAUAUAACCACAAUCCAUUUGAAUAUAUAUUUUUAUUUGGUUUUAGCAAACAGAAAAGAAAAAUAUAUCUAAAAUUUUACAGAUCUAUAUCUUCCUUUUUUUAGAGAGAAAGAUAAACUAUGAAAAAGACGAUUUAGAGAAAAAAAUAUGAAAAAGAAAAAAUCACAUGAAAUUUAAUCAAUUACUUUAUUUAGAUUUAACACACAAAAACACAGCAAUAGUUAGUGAAAAAUAAAAUAUUACAAAUAAAUUUGGCAUUUUUGCAUAGCAGACUAGUGAAGUACAGUUUUUUUUUAGAUUACUGAAAAAAUGUUCUAAUGAAGUUUUCUAAUGAAUUCCGAAGUGGAUAUAUUUUCCUCAGAUUUAAACACUUGCAUAUUUAAAAACGUAAAAUUGUGUUUUAAAAAAAAAUGAAACUUCUUAUGAUUAAAUAAUAAACAAAAUGAUUAUGUGGAAUCUAUAAUUUUAUUUGAAUCUAACACACAAAAACAAAAA